UACGGCAGAGGCCAAGUUCCUGAACAUGGGUUCUUUUGUCUCCCAGACUUUGGAGUCAGUCAAGGUCGCUGCGUCGCAAGAGACCUCUCCGUCCUCCAAGCCCCCGGCCCUCGCGGCAGCUGGAGCGCCGACUUCUCCAGAGCAAGCCCCUAUAUUUAAUAACUGCUGGAGCUGUCGCGUGCUUUCCGGGUCGGGGCUCAUAGGGGCAGGCGGGUAUGUGUACUGGGUGGCGCGGAAGCCCAUGAAGCUGGGAUACCCCCCGACUCCAGGGACCAUUACGCAGAUGGUCAUCGGCAUAAGCAUUGCUUGUUGGGGUGUAGUCAUCCUGUCAGACCCUAAAGGGAAGGCCUACCGUGCUGCUUGAAAGUACCAGCAGUGAUUUUGUCAUCUUCUGUCCCUGUCCCUGUGACACACAGAGCAAGCAUGGGGCUUAUGGAUGUUUUGGACAGAUACAUGGACAUCGACAGACUUCAGUCCUGCAGAUCCUACAAGACUGAGAAGACAGACACAAGUUGUCAUUCUUUGGCUGUGAGGGUUUGUGGCCUUCUCAGACUCCACAGGGAUCAAUAAAUCCCUGAGAGUAGA